UUGGAGGAGUUCAUGGCGCUUCAUGCUAUCCGUAUCGCCGCGCACGAUUUUACGUUAUCACGGCAAUUAGAGGAGCCCCUGGGGUUGACACAUCAGCCAACAACAGGCACACUCUAUAGCACUCAAUCUCGGCACCUUAAGUACCUUGCGGAAGUACAAGUAUCUUCAGAGAGAAAGGAAUGCCAAUUUAUUGCUUCAGGCCAGAAUUUUCCACUCUCAGUUUGAUAAUUUUGGAUUCGCGGACUCCCAUGCGAGGGAAAAUCCUAAAGCCGUUCAAUGGGUAUUUUCUGAUAACGUGUCCACCUCUUACAUCUUUUAAUGCCACCAUGUAAUCCUUUUAAUUCGUGAGAUUUUGUGAAGAAACGACCAAAUCACAUACAACGCCACGCCUUCACUUAUUUCCGAAUUUUUGAUUUUUAUGAUUUCACAUUUUUGGAAUAUAAAAGGUACUCCCGGUGGAAAAAUUCAGUUGAUCGUCAGUAUCGAUGUAGCAAACAACGUGCUGUGGAGGCGCAUACUGGCAAAAUAAAAGAAAGACUGGCUGCUAAUCAUUGGAGCUGGAGAUUCAGCUGGAAGUGUUGUAAUCAAUUGUGAGGAUUUUUUGCGUUAAUGCGGUGUUGGAAGAUUUUCCAAUUAGAAUUUGGUGAAUUGCGCUAUAAGAUUGGGACUAGUUGUGACGAAGAUGGUGCGUCUGAAGUGUGUGAUUUUUGGUGUGAUCCUGGGUCUAGCUGUGUCCCCUAGCAGGGCCUACCCUCAUCAUCAAGAAAUAGAGAAGAUUUCUCCGGAAAAUGACCUCAUGAGUGCCAUACCGCUCAUGAAGGAUUUUCGUGAAAUCUACCUCAGUCCAUUGGAACGUUUUCACCUUGAGGCAACAAAGAGUAGUUGGUAUCCGUGGCAUAGUGAUAAAAAUAAAUUCACUGGAGCAGAUGACAUCCAUCCAAUUUGUGAGAAUCGCACAUCAAUGGAUGAUUUGCCCGAUGAUUUGUUUACUCAGGAACAACGACUUCAGGGAGCAAUUAUUCUUCACUUUAUCGGUGCAAUAUACUUCUUCACAAUGCUGGGAAUUGUGUGCAAUAAUUAUUUUUUGCCUGCAGUUGAGUGCAUCUGUGAGGAUUUACAAAUAUCAAGGGACGUUGCAGCUGCAACUUUCAUGGCAAUUUCCGGAACAAUCCCCGAACUCUUCACCAAUUUAAUCAGUACAUUCAUUACGGAUUCCCCAAUGGGAUUGGGAGCCAUCAUUGGUUCACUUCUCUACAACACUUUGGGUGUAGCUGCUGUUGCUAGUUUAGCAACAAUCAGACCUGUGCAGAUUAGUUGGUUUCCCCUUGGACGUGAUUGUCUUAUUCUCUUCAUAAAUUCAGCCCUCCUGACUGGCUUCAUCUGGGAUGGACAGAUUACGUGGUAUGAGGCAAUGAUCAUGGUCAUUUGCUCCGUAAUCUACUUCAUUGUUCUCUUCCAAAAUCGUCGAAUUGAGCGCCUUGUAAGGAGUGUUGUGGAAGAUAAAUGGAACUGCUUUAAGCACAAUCGAGAUGUUUCAGAUUAUCCCAAGGAAACCAACGCUGUAAGUUCUCCUGAACCUGCUAUACCACGUCUCAGCUCCAUCUCAGCAACUCCUUCAGUUAUUUCGGCAAAAGCAAAGGAAGCUGAAGACCGAGACAUACCUAUCCCCAAAAAUGAUCCCCCAACGAAGCCAAGGAAAAACUUAUUUAAAAUUCCCGACGAUACGCUAAUCAUGCGCAUCUGGUUCUUCUACUCCUGGCCCAUCAUGAUUUUUCUUCGCUAUUUGGUACCAAGUCCCAAAUAUCAUCGCAAAUGGUACCCACUCACCUUCAUUAUGUGCAUCGCCCUCAUUGGCGGGAUUGCAUUUAUGGUCUUCUGGAUGAUUGCAAUCAUUGGGUACACCUUCUACAUUCCUGAAUCCGUCAUGGGGCUCACAUUGCUCUCGUGGGGAAGUUGCAUGCCCGAAGCAGUUGCGUGUGUUCUGGUUGUACGCAAAGGAAUUGGUGGGAUGGGCGUUUCAAAUGCAUUGGGAUCCACAUCACUGGCCAUUCUCAUCUCACUGGGUUUCCCGUGGUUCGUGCGCACCCUCGUCGAUGGGCACCCCUUUAAUGUGGUCUCCUACGGUGUGGAAUUCACAACGAUGACAAUGCUCCUCGCCACGACGCUCCUCUUCAGCGUCAUAGCGCUCUUCCGGUUCCAUUUGCGAAAGCGCACAGGACUCAUCCUUGUUGGUGUUUACGCCAUCUUUGUCACCUUUGCCAUUCUCAAUGAAAUUGACAUUUUCUUCGCAUCUGGCGUCUACUGUGACUAGCCUUCAUUGGCUAUGCUGCCCACCGAAGCAUCAAAGCAACGGCAACAAAUGGCAGAGAUUGGAGCCUAACCGCACUUAAUCCUUUGGCGUAGUAAAUCACCGAAAAAAAUAGUGAUAGAGACGUAGAUUUUUUCUUCACAAAAACAUUAAAAAAAAAAAGAAUAAAGUAGAUAGUAGCAGCAAAAAAAAAGAAGAAAUCAUUAAAAUCUGUGAUUCAAUCGCGAUUGCGAAGUAUGAUGUAGAAGAGAGAGAGAGAAAAAUGAAAAAGAUGUGAUAAGGA